AUGCAGCUGCCCUGCCACCUGGCCAAUGCCUGGGGGGCGCUGCUGGGGAGGAGGCUGAGUCAGCGCGGGGUGCUGGUCUUCUGCCUGGACUACCGCAACUUCCCGCAGGGCACGGCCCUGGACAUGCUGCAGGACGUCAACACGGGCAUCUCCUGGGUGAUCAACAACGUGGCGCUGUACGGCGGCGACCCGACCAACCUCUUUGUCGUCGGCCAGUCGGCAGGCGGCCACCUGGGCAGCCUGGCCCUGCUGGCGCAGGCCCGGCACGCUGCGCGCGCUGACCUGGCGGCAGAGGGCGCUGGGGAUCAAGUGGAGAUUGGGGGCACCCCGCGCUGGGACGUGGACCGGGUGAAGGGCUUCGUGGGCGUGUCUGGCGCCUACGACCUGGAGGCCCUGGCGGCGCACCUGGACGGGCGGGGUCUCAACCGCGACAUGUUUGGCAGCAUCAUGUCGCUGCACGGCACGCCCGCGCUGCGCGCGCUGUCGCCCACGCACGUCGCAGCGGGGCUGGCGCCCGGGGUCGCGUGCCACUUACCCCCCGUCCUCCUCCUGCACGGCACCGCCGACCGCUCCGUGCCCGUGGACAACGCGCUGGGCUACGCGGCGGCGCUGGAAAGCGCAGGCGCGCGUGUGCGCCUGAAGCUGUACCGCGGCAAGACACACACACAGCCGAUCGUGGAGGACCCCAUGCGCGGCGGCCGCGACGAGCUCAUGGACGACGUGCUGGAGCUGGUGACGGGCAAGGCACAGACCAGCCGCCAGUUUCCCAUGCUGCCCAGCUUCCUCAUAGACCUGGCGACCGCGGUGUGCCCCUUUUGA